AUGGUGGGUGCAACUUUGUUUCACCGGAGAAAGCAUUCAUGGCCGCCUGAGGAAUUCAUAAACAGAAGUACUCUACAAUUACUCGAUUUCGAUAGUGCUGCUCCGCCACCACACGCAUGGUGGAGGAGAUUAAACUGCCAUGUGAAUAUCUUAAAAGAGUUCACUAUAACGUUUAGAGAAGCCAUUAAAAUGGUACGCUUGGGGAUACGAUUAUGGUCUUAUGUUAGAGAAGAGGCCUCACAUGGAAGGAAAGCACCUAUCGAUCAUUUCACUAGGGAGAACUGUAAACCAUCUGCAUCCCAAGGUGUUCCACUUGGAGGAAUGGGAAGUGGGAGCAUAUCUAGGGGCUUCAGGGGUGAGUUUAAGCAGUGGCAAAUUACUCCUGGAAUGUGCGAUCCAUCACCUAUGAUGUCUAAUCAGUUUUCUGUAAGUUUAUUCUGUGACCUUACUAGACUUGAGAUCAGUGCUUAUUGA